AUGGAGCUUUCCUCGUUGCCUCACAGCCCAACUGAAGACGAUGGCAAAACUGCUUCAUCUCAGGCUGGUGCACCUUCAGACGAUGUGAAGUUCUUCACACCAAGGAACGAUUGUCUCUCUAAUGUCAAUACAUUCGACCCAGCCGCCAUGAGCUUGCAGGGUCAGUCGAGCAGGGACAACAAACGAAAGGCUGCUCAGAGCAUUGUGGAAGUCAGUGAUACUAGUCAAGACCUAGGCACAUCCAAGAGGCUGAAGCUUGAGGCUAUGAGGACCAAGUCGCCUCAGUUGCCUGGGGAUAGAUCACUUCUUCCCUCUGGAAUAUGGCAUCGAGUUUUCGCAUUUCUCCCCCCUAGGAGCUUGGGUACCUUGCUACGAGUUAACAAGCUUUUCAACGGGUAUCUUGAUUCUCACUCCGCUUUCGACAACACUGCUCUUUACCCGGAAAAUGCGAGUCUCUUCAAGCCAAUGAAACCAGAUACAGUCUGGCAGCAGUCAAGGAGAUUGCACCAUCCCAGAAUGCCCUCUCCGCUGGGGAAUCGUACUGAACUCGAUAUGUGGCGGCUAUGCUGCACCAAAAUCUGUCAAUAUUGCGGUGUUACAAAUUCGAUUGAUCAACAACAAGAGAAUGCUGAUCCCUGGCGUCCAGGGCCUGGAGUGUAUGGUCUGGCAACUGUAUUUGCAUUUGGCGUCACCUGUUGCGGUCCCUGUCUUUUGAAACAUUCUGUGAAGGAGAUCGACCUGUUACUUUCUUCCACAACCCCAUCAUCCCUCAUCCCAGCACUCGCCUCUGUCUUCGUCACACCCGAACUGCAGGCCAUUCCAUCGAGCACCUUGGAAACCAACGUGGGCGAUAACAAGCUGGAGACUACAAAAUUAUACUCAACCUCCAGCAUCACUGCCGCCAAGGAACAGCUAAACGUGGUUCAGAGCCUUGGGACAGCAGCCGUCGAAGAGUGGCUCAAGGGACUAGGCGCCCAGGGUAAAGAACACAGAAUUGAUGCAUCACGAUGGGAGAAGUGGGCAGCGGCUGGCGGUCUGGCGCAAAUGUGCCGGAGCGUGCAAACUAUGGGAAACGGGAGUAUUGAUGAACUGGCGCAAGACCAAGAUCACGAACCACGAAAGUCCCCUCAAACUUCUUUAGAGGACCGAGAUUCCGAAGGCCGCAGUAGGUCAGAUAAGACCCACGAAGAGGCUGCCGCGCGGAAGGCAUUACGGCGUGCUGAAAUCGAGCGGCGCGCAAUGUUACUCGACCCUCCUCUGCCACCCAACGUUGUUGUCCACAUGCCUUCUUUUCAAGCAGCCAUACAAAUCACGGCCGCCUUGGACGAGAAUGCGUGGAAUACGCUGAAGCCCAAAUUGCUGUCUCAACGAGCCGAUGCCGAGAGGAAUAUCAACAGGGGUCUUACUGAAUCUCGGAGCUCCAGCAUUGAAACGAAGGUCGAGACAACAAGAGAAGUGACAGAUCAAGACUGGGACGAUAUCCAAGGUCCGGUACGAGCGCGAAUGUCAAAAUAUGCCGACGAGAUCAUCCGCGGUAGCUGGAAUAAGGGUCGCAAAGUCAACAAGGAGAAUAGCCCACGUUUUGCAGCGGGGGUCCUCCUAUCCGUGCGGUCAAGAUUCUACGCCGAUGUUGCGAAAGACGCUGCGGAUGCUAUCGCAGCAGGGCGGCAGCCUGUUGUUGAUCCCCAAGGUGGCCCCUUUACACAGAAGCUCACUCUGGAGAACAUGAAGUGGGUAUUUGAUAUGAAGAUCAAACAGCAUACCGAGUCGUAUAGGAAGGAGUUGUUUCUUUGCAAUGGUUGCGAAAGUCAUAGGCUCUACGGAUUUGAGGGGGUCAUACAACACUAUGCCGCAAAGCAUACCAAGGCCCUCAGUCUCGGCAACAUUGUUGUUCACUGGAGAGCCGAAUGGCCAGAGCAGCCCAUCUUCAAACCCAACGGCCGAUCGACCAAAGGUUCUCAGCAAGCCGCAGGAAAGGGAACCGCCCAAGGUCAUGCGGCAACAGGACCCCGGCCACCUCAAGGUCAUGAUACUCUUAGUCGGAGUGGCAGUCUCCUACCUAGCCCUGUGCACCGUUUUCCUUCUGACCAAGUUCCGCCCCUUUCCUAUCACGCACCACAAGCUGCCCCGUACAAUCCGUUACCAACAUACAGUACGGAUGCCAGCAUACCGCGUGCGCCCUACCUACCGCCGAACUUUGGGCCGUCUGGAGCCCCCCAAUUUUAUCCUGUGGCAUCUCCUAGCUUUGGACCCAUACUCUCUGGCCCACAAGAGCAACCUCCGAACAUGCUAGGAGCACCAUAUACUGGCCAACCGCAUAGCACUCUUCCACAUCAAGGCAAUCCUCAGCCACCGUCUGCUACACCUCAAGGAAUGCCCUUUGCGUCAUCGUACACCACUCAGUUGGAAAACUUGGCUCGGAUAGCGAGAGACAUUUGGAACUCGCUUAGCACAACCAGGGAUUUACCUGGGCCUUUGAGAGUAUACAUCACUAUACACCAUGUGGUCAAACGUUUCUGGCACAAAUUUGGCGAGCCUCCCUUGUUGCGGAUGUUUAACGAUGGCUUAUCAAACAACAAGGCUAUGCGUCCAGUUCGCAAUAUCAACGGACUGAGGUGCAGAUCCUGUACAUUGGGUCUAGGGCCACCAGUCAAUCCAGAACGCACCAUGUUCUCGCUCCCGCAGCUCGUCAAUCACUUCGAAAACCAGCAUAUCGGAUUGCAGCAGGUCGGGCACAGGAGUGGGCCAGGCCUCGAUUGGACACAAGAUAUGAUCCUUAUGCCGGAUGUAUCAGAAAUUCCUGACUUGAAAGCCAUCAUUGGCGGCAAGGGACACAAGUUCAACAUCGUCAAUGAAGCAGUCCCCUGGGUCUUCAAUAAGCCCAACGGACCCACACAACAAUCUGGGGCCGCAUGGCCUUUAGGUGGGAUGGUACGGCCCAGCGAUUCAGAUCGAACCACGGAUGAUACUUGGCACACCUAUGCCACGCAUGCAGAUGCUUCCAGUCAUGAACGCAACCCCUGGCAUGGUCCUGAAGCCAUUCGAGAAUCAGCGAUCGUGGGUCAAGCGCAACAACGCCGAGACACGCAGCCGUCAACGGAAGAUUAUAAUCGAAGAUCCGCAGCGCCCCCGUAUAAGCCACUGGUCACUCCUCAUGAAGCACACGAACCAGGACGCAUCCUUCGGGUCUCAACCAUUGACCCUUGCCGACAAAGCUCUUGGGGCGCUUCUCCGACAGAAUUUGAUCGAGAGGGCCGCACCAUUUACUUUGAUAGUGGGCAUUCUGCAGGUGGCUACAAAACAGAUCAUUACAUGCCGUCAGGCUACUUCCCACGCCGUACUUCAGCAUUGCCCGACGAAAAUCGCCAUGGGUACCGUGAGCAAAGUCGAGCCCCUGAUCGAGUCCUGGUCGAACCUCGGUAUGGGCAUGGUAGUAGAUACCCCGAAGGGGAGGAAGAGAGAGUCAAUCGACACAAGGCCUGGCCCAGCAAGAUAUGCCCCGCGGGGGAUCCCGAUGACUUUAGCUUGACUGCUGCUCUCGAGUCGCAUCUUGCUCAAGAUCGCGACGCGCUGGCUCGGGUACCCAAGGCUGGGCUGCUGGAGCGCGAGGUAGUUCGUCAAGAGCGCCGAUCCACAGCGCGCGACGGCCCCCCAUCGGACUUUCCCAAUUACCCUGAACAACGACACAUGGAAGUAGAAGUUUUCGAUGACGCUCGCCAUGGACACUCCACGCAAUACAUGGCAGAAUCGCAUGGAUCCCGUCACACCGGACAUGCUUCUGAGGUGUCGACGUACUACCACAGCCCAGCGGUCCCUCAAAAUUCAGGUCGGAGCAGCGACAAUCGCAGCACAACGCGCUACGCGAGCGCGACUCGCCCUCAGUCUGCAGGUUACGAGGAGACUUAUGAGAUUGUGCACGUACGAGAUGCAGAGGGAGAGUACAUCGUUCGUCGGCCGAUUCUACGAGAGCGAGAAACGCAUCGGGUUUUGUACGAGGGUGACACUCAUCACCAUCAGAACAGAGGAUCAUACUCACACCGUAGUCACGAUGCUCUGUACGACUCGAUGGACCGGACUCCUAUUCCUGGCGAGCGGCGAGAUGCUUUCCAAAUGCACGAAGCUUGCACUGCAGGAGCCCAAUUCAUGAUUGCUCCAUCAUCGUUUGCAGAAUGUGACUCAAACAACCCAGCGUCCAUGUCAGGUCCCGGCGCUAAAAGACCAUCAGAGUACUAG